AUAGAGAAUCCCGAUCGUGAAGUUGUACUGCGUGCGCUCAGAAAGGAGGAGAAGGCUGGUCGCAAAUGAGCUGAAAGAAAAGAGAUGGAGGACCUCGAGGAGGAUGGGGCUGGUGGACGUGCAGAUUUUGAGAACGGGAUUGUGAUGGGAUUCCGAAAGAAGGUCAGGGAAUCAAGACACAACAUCAUUCACCAUUUGUCAUUCCAUAAAUUCGUGCUAGAUCCCAAGGUGAAAUAA